UUCUUCUGGGAAGUCUAGAGGACUGUGGAUUGCACUUUGCUUGGCAUGAGCAGAAGGGCUCCUAGCAGCCUCCUCUGAAGCAUAUAAGGGCCAUUUCCAUUCAACACUUGAGUGAGCCAGGCAUCUCGGGGAGCCUCACCGAAGCUCACAACUCUGUCAAUAUGACUGACAAUAUCACCUGGUUUAGUGGGAUUCAGAUUGUGCCUGGAUUGUUUACUGUGGAGAAUUUGUCUUUUGCUCAGAAUUUUUUGAUGAAAGAUGAUGACGUCAUCUUAGUGACCUAUCCUAGAUCAGGAACACACUGGAUGAUUGAGAUAGUCAGUCUCAUUCUCUCCAAAGGGGACCCUACUUGGGUUCAAACUGUCAACAGUCACACCAGGUUUCUAUGGAUUGAAGAUAAAGAUUCACAGAAACUACUGAAGGGCCCGGAUCGACCACGUCUCCUGGCGACCCAUCUUCCCAUACAUCUGUUUCCCAAGUCUUGCUUCACAUCGAGGGCUAAGAUUAUUUAUAUCAUCAGGAAUCCAAGAGAUGUUGCUACAUCUAUUUAUCAUAUCCGCAAAUAUACACCUAAUGUGAAGAUUCCUAAGAAUUUUGAGGAAUUUUUAAAUGCCUUUAUCCAUGGUGAAUUGCUUUAUGGAUCUUGGUUUGAUCACACCCUUGGAUGGUUGACAAGAAGAAACACAGAGAACUUCCUACUAAUGUCCUAUGAGGAGCUACAAAAGGACCUCAGAGGCAACAUGCAAAAAUUGUGCCAAUUUUUGGGCAAUCAUCUGAGUCCAGAACAACUUGAUUCUGUUGUACAAAAUUCAUCCAUUUCAGUCAUGAAGGAUAAUAGGAUGUCCAACAGUAUAAGGCUAAAGAAUCCAGAAGAUGAGACUGACUCCAAUGUGCCAUUGCUGAGAAAGGGCCGUUGUGGGGACUGGAAGAAUCACUUCACUGUGACUCAGAGCGAAGCCUUUGACAAAAUCUAUCAGGAGAAGAUGUCAAGCUUGGAUCCUGGGCUUUUCCCCUGGUCAGAAGUUUGAUUCCCCUCCAUUCCAGACAGGCUUAGUCAGUGUAGCCCUGGCUUUCCUGGAAUUCACACUUUAGGCAGGCUGGCCUAGAAGUUAUAGAUCUGCCAGCCUCUGCCUCCUGAGUACUGGAAUUAAAGUCAUUCACCACCAAUGCCCUUGUGUCUGUUUUAGAACUCUUAAUAUUAUCUACUCAUACUUAAAAAAAUCUAUAUGUGCUUGGUUUUUUGUCAUCUAGAUGCAAAUUACUCAUCUGGGAUCAGGAAAUGUCAAUUGAGAAAAUAGCCCUAUCAGAUUGGCUGGGAGGAGGGACUGCCCACUCAAGGUGGUGCCAUCCAUCAAGAAAUGGGUCAGGGAUGCAUGAAGAAAAGCAAUCUGAGCAAGCCAUUGGGAGAAGGACAUGGGAAACAAGCCAGAAAGCAUCAAUCCUCCAUUGUCUCCACUCCAAUGCCUUCCUCGGUUUUCCCUGAUGAAUGACCUGUAAGCUGAAUAAAUCCCUAACAAGUCUCACAGCAAUGGAAUGAAGACAACAAUGCUAUAGUUUUGAGUUGCCUCACAGCACAAAACUCAGAGAAAAGAUAGUAUUUAAAAAAAAACAGUAGUCUAGAGUAGACAUAUCUGUCCUAGUUUCCACACCUAAAAUUCAAGCAAGGAAUUCAUAAUAAAACAUCAACUUAUUGUCACUUAUUAGUAACCAUAACGAUGAAUUUAACUGAUAUGGAAGGAGGUUGGCAGAGAAAAGUAUGUGUUUGCCUGAGAUUUAACUGUAUAGUUAGGAGAAACACACAAAUUGUCAACACUUUCGUAGUCAGAACUCAAAACAGCCAGAGCUAUAGCAGCAGGUCAGCAGUGGAGAGAGCAUCAUGGCUCUUACAGAAGAUGGGAGUCAGGCUGUACCCACACCUGGCCCUCACAGCUGCCUGUAACUCCAACUCCAAGAGAUCUAGUGCCCUCCACAGGCAGCAUUACCCAUGUGCACUCAUGCAAACAAUUUAAAAGAAAAGUAAGGAGUAGGGAUUCUAUUAUGUUAAGAAAGAAAUCUGCACUGCAAUAAUUAUAUCAUUUAAGUUGAAGUUGAAUUUUUAGGGUGGGAAAAAGUCAGGUAUUUCUAUUACAAAAGCUCAAAUGAACUAGCAAGUAUUUUAUUUCUAGUUCUUAAAAAAUAGUUUAAGGACUGGAAAAAAAAGCUCAGAGAUGAAGAGUAUUCAUUACUCCAGCUGGGGACCCAAGUCCGACUCCUAUAUCUACAGUUCCGGGAGAUCUGAUGCCCUUUGACACACCAACACACAUGUAUCCUCGAAGUAAAUAUUUUCUUAAAAAGAAAAAAGGAAUCUAAUUAUUCAGUGGUUCAUGAAUUCUGUGAUACUGCAACUGUUUAAUGCAGUUCAUGUUUUAUCCCUAGAGCACAAAUGGACUUUGGGAGCCCAUUCCCUAUGGAGGGAUACUAUUGCAGCCCAGAUACAGCAAGGAGGGCCUAGGCCCUCCUCCAAAUGAUAUGACAGACUUUUCAGAUCCUCCAUGGAA